AUGACAAAUUGUGCUUAUUAUAAAGCAAAAUAUGGUAACAAAAGCUAUAAUAAUAAUAACAAUGAUUCACAACAAAGUAAUUAUCAGCAGCAAGGAUCUUAUGACGGUAUCAACACCGAAUUAUUUAAUCAAGAAUUUAAAAAUAAUGACGAAACACAAAAAUUAAUUAGUUUGUUAAAGGAAAUUAAUAAUAGGCCUUAUAAACAAUAUAACAGAAUCAAGGUAGACCCUUUUGCACCACCAAGUAGUGUCCGUGUUCGUGUACCACAAACGCUAGCCCAGUUUCCUAGAGAGUACUUGACAUCUAAGAUCAGGAACGUGGCACUUUGUGAUUAUUUGACACGGCACAUACACAGUGUACUUGGUAAUAAUGGAUCACUGUAUGAUGAGAAAGCAAACAAACAUUUGACCUUUCAUCAGGUUAAAGGCGGUGAGAUUGGAAUUGAUAAACCUAGUCAACAUGUAAUUCAAAGAACUAGCGUUGUUGCAGAUGAGAAAUGGAUUGAAGCGAGGUUAACUGUUAAUUUACCUGCCAGAGGUCGUACGAUAAAAUCUGAUAUCGCCAUGCAAACUUUGGUUGAGAAUCUUCCAACCGUUAUAGGAUCAACUUUGUAUUACCGUGUUUUAAAUCAUGGUGACCUUAGAUCGCAUAUUGAAAGUAUAGAAGAUCAAGAAUUUUUAAGAGAAAGCUUGAAGAAAUUAGGAUUGAUCGCAUUUGUACGUAAUGGUGCUAUACUUCCACGUAUAUCCGGAGCAUCUGAUUUGCCAAUGUGUGUUUCAGUGGAAUUGCCAAACCAAGGUAUCAUCAAAGGAAUGGGCAUACCACCUGGAAUUACUAUGAUAACAGGUGGUGGAUUCCAUGGAAAAACUACUUUAUUACAAGCACUUGAAUUAGGAAUUUAUAACCACAUACCAGGUGAUGGAAGAGAAUUUGUUGUCAUUGAUAAGGGUUCAGUAAAAAUCAGAGCAGAGAAUGGUCGCUACGUGACCAAUACAGAUAUAACACCAUUCUUCGAAGGUUUACCAGGUGAUAAAAUCAAUAAAUGUUUUUCUACAGAUGAUGCAAGUGGUAGUACAAGUAUGGCAGCUAGCAUCCAAGAAAUGCUGGAGGUUGGAGCCACUACAAUUUUAUAUGAUGAGGACACUUGUGCUACAAAUUUUUUAGUAAAAGAUAAGAUAAUGCAAGAAUUGUUAUCGGUUUCUUGCAAUGAACCUAUUAUACCAUUAAUUGAUAAGAUAAGGCAACUUUAUGAUGAACUUGGAGUUUCCACUAUAAUAAUUAUUGGGAAUCUAGCAAGUUUUUUAAAUGUUGCUGACCUGGUGAUUAUUAUGGAAAAUUAUAAAGCAAGGGACGUAACAGCUAAAGCAAAGUCGUUAGCAACUCAGAAUAAUAGUAAUAGUAGCACUAGUGAUAAUUACGGCACCGUAACAGAUCGAAUACCAAAAAUUAAUGAUUCAAUGCAAUCAAAAACAUUUCGUGCAAAACAUCAACAUCUUAUCGAAUAUUAUGAUACAAAGCCGCCCACGAAACUUGACUUAUCAAAUUUUGAACAACUUGUUGAACGUUCACAAACAAAUUUGAUAGCAAAUGAAUUGACUUUAAUUGGACUAGGUAGCAAUAUUAUCAACAUUGACGAUAGAAAAUUGGGAUUUUAUUCUAGAGCGAGAAGAUUCGAGACUACGGCUGCAUUAAAUAGGUUAAGAUCUGCUAAAAUGAUUCAAGUCGAGUCAACAACAACACAUGGUAAUGAUGAUACCAAUGAUGAAUAA